UGCUGUGCUGUCAACCAUGUGCAGCCUGCAGCAGGCACGUGUGUUUGUUUGGUUUGUCGUGAAGCAUGCUGAAGAGUGAUGAAAUAUUGACGGUGUGACAAAUGGAGCUCAAGUGUGUUAGUGUAGACGAACUAAACAUAGGGUCUCAAAACUGCUUUUUGCCGGAGACUUUCCUUCUUGAGCUAAGCUGUUACCCUGGAUCACUCGUCGAAGUUUGUGCCGAACAGGCAACUUUUCUGUGCAUUGCAUUCCCUCAUCGAUAUACGUCUGCUAUUGCCUAUAUCGACAAGACGGUAUCGAUACCAAACAACGCCACAAACAUAAAAUCAUACAUUAAGCCACUGGAGAAGAGUAGCCCGGCAGGCAGUGCCUGCGUUACUAUCGUUUUAGAGUCUGUUCAUGACCUUGUGCGUUGGCAAAAAUCGCCAGAACGACUUAAGCAUUGGAUUUCUAGGAUUAUUCGCAAUUAUCACGUCUGCAACGAGUGCCUUAUCGACUGCAGGACUGCUAAUCGGCAAUUAGCGCGGUUGUGUCGCGUGGACACUGUCGUCGUUCACAAAAUAUCAUCCGAUUCAACCUCGUCAUCAUCCAACGUUUUUAAGAUUACAGGAGCUUGCAAGUUCACGUUAAAAGAUGUCACCUACAAAUCUGCAUUCGAUGACAAAACACAGUUCAAGAAUUGCUCACUGUCUAGGCAAGUCUGUGCGGACGCAUUGUGCCUGCCAACAAGAAUACUGAAGGACCUCUGUACAUUUCCUUACCUGUACCCGGAAACAUUACGGGCUAUCGGACUGCGACUUCACCGGGGUGUCCUCCUCACGGGACACCCAGGAACUGGGAAGACGACAGUUGUCUCCAACGUAGCUCGUGAAAGUGGAGCUCACUUGAUGACAAUUCGUGGUCCAGAAAUGUGCCGUUCCUUACCAGGAGAAAGCGAAGCGCAGCUGAGAAAAGUCUUUCAAGAAGCGUCUGCCAUCAGUGAAGUUGUCCCAUGCAUUCUGCUUAUAGAUGAUGUUGACGUCUUGUGCGCCAAGCGCGGAUCUGGAACUUCGAGGUCCGGGAGCCGUCUUGUGACGCAGCUUCUAACUCUCAUGGAUGGCAUCAGUGAUAGGAGAAGAGUGUUUGUCGUCGCAACAACGAGUAAUCCAAAUGCAAUUGAUGCGGCCAUGCGAAGACCAGGGAGAUUUGACAAAGAGAUAGCACUAGGAGCCCUGUCGCUCUCUGAGAGGGAAGCUAUUCUUCGAGACAUUGAAGGAGAGCUUGGCACUGAAACCACACACCUAAUUACUGACACCUCAGGAUUUGUCUUGGGUGACAUGAUGGCUAUGUUGCGGGAGACCCUGAUGUCUGCAGCUGAACAUUCACACAUGGUGCCAAGUAAAGAUGACAUCAAGAAGUCUAUUGCCAGCGUCAGAUCCCAACUGAGCCAGAGGCUCGAGUUUGCUGUUGAACUGAGUUCGAGCCCCUCCUGGAACACCUUGGGUGGCGUUGACGUAAUUAGGAAGAAACUGCAGAUGGCAGUAGAGGGACCUCUGCUCCAUCCUGAACAUUACUCCAGACUUGCCCUGACUCGACCCAGAGGAGUGCUCCUUGUGGGACCCCCAGGAUGUGGCAAGACAUCGCUUGCACUAUGCACUGCACAAUCGUGUCCGGGUUCAACACUUUUCUCCAUCUCUGCUGCCAAUAUCUAUUCCCCUUACGUCGGAGAUUCUGAAAAAGUUAUAGCUAGUGUGUUCAAUCAGGCAAGGCUACGACAACCGAGCAUAAUAUUUCUGGAUGACCUCGACACCCUGUGUGGCAAACGCUCGGGCGACAACUCUGCCUCAAAAGACAGGGUCUUGUCCACUUUGUUGUGUGAAAUUGAUGGCAUAAGUGGCGGAUUAACACAAGCACAUCAUGAAGACAAAGGAGAGCAUGCAAACGUAAUGGUCCUGGCGACGACGUGUCACCCUGAAGCUGUUGAUGAUGCCCUCAUCAGACCAGGCCGUCUCGACCUCGUCAUCUACGUUCCUCUGCCAGAUUUCAAUGGUCGCGUUGACAUAUUGAGGGCCGUAUUAUCCAGGAUGGCAAUACAAGACAUCAACGUUUCUUGCAUAGCAGGUGCUACCGAAGGGUUUACAGCAGCAGACCUUGCCAACUUGUGUCAAAUGGCAGGGCUAGAAGCACUUAUGGAUCGUGGGUUUGAUGUUCCUUACAUUGAGCAGCACCAUUUCAUGGCAGCUCUGGGGAAGAUAUCACCAUCUCUCACUCAGUGCCAAGUAGACAAGUGUAAAGAAGCUUGCGCAAAGUACUGCUUCGUUACCUGAUCCCAGACCAUACACAGUGGCUGUACGUUGUAUUUCUCCGAUUCGAAUUAUGCCACCGUCUGCGAAUAGGGCUGAAGAGCACAGUGUUGGAGUAUUCGUCCAAAGAUUCGUUGAUCACAAAGGUCACCAGCCUCGUCCCAACACAAGUCUUGUACCUGAUGCACUCUGAUUGGGUGUGAGCUGAGAGAGCUUGCAAAUGGGCGCACAGUUUCCUGUGAAGUUGGCCAGGAUACAUGAUUCUCCUGAGCAACAUGCCGCCAUGUGGGCAUGCAGACCCCUCAACAAUAAAACACCACCUGUGUGUACUAUGUGCUUGCAUUGACUUGGAUAUGCCAAUGUAUUGAUACUUCUUUUGAGGACAUUGUACCUACAUAGAAGUGUGAGUAAGUCUUGGUAAAAAUAUGGCUCAGGAAUUUCUGCAAGGCAUGUAAUGUACAUGAGAAUGGUAAGAAUUUAAUGGUGGCACUGCAAAAUAUGGGGGAACUAACAUUUCACCUCGUUGGAGUAUUCUUUGUUGGUGACAACCUUGUGCUGUUACACAAUGUUUACUGGUAUUAAACAAACUUUUAUAUUAUUGAA